AUGGAAGAGCCAAAGAUUCCAAGGCCGCGAAAUGCGUUCAUACUGUUUCGGCAGCACCAUCAUCGGUUACUGAUUGAUGAGCUUACCGAGCAAGGGCUGGAGAUUCCACAUAAUUCCAAGAUUUCUAAGAUGUUGGGCGUUAAGUGGAAACAACUUUCGGCUGAUGAAAAGUCUCAUUGGAAAAAGCUAGCUGAGAAGGAAAAGAUAGAUCAUGAACGUCGGUAUCCAGAUUACCGUUAUAAACCGGUGAGGAAACCUAGGAAGAAACCGUUAGAGCAGCAGCCGGUGUCACGGGCACCGGCUGUAGCUAUGCUGCCCAUUCAACCCCAACCGCGAGCGCCGUAUUUCUUACCGCAGGCUGCGAUGCCGCAGCCUGCUCAUCCCUACUUGGUUCAGCAGGCGUACCCGCCCAACUACUUUGCAAGACCUACUGGGCCACCAGUAAUGUACCCGGGACCCAUGACUGUUCCAGUGCCCAUGCCCGCGCAAUUGCAGAUGCAAUUGCAAAUGAAUAGACAGGGUCCUUACUAUUCGCAUCCGCCAAUCCUGCAUCCACUCCAACAAGGAGAUAGACCACUCCCAAAGUACAAGAACAAUGAGGAUCCCAAACAAUCUCAAUGA